AUGGCAGAAUUGAAACCCGUAACAGUACUUGAACCUGGUUAUGCAAUUACCAGGGAGUAAAUUAAGAGUCUUAGAACCCAGAAUGGGGAUAUGUAUUCGCUGGGAUACAUAAAUUAUGGAUCGGAGAGUCAAUUGCCUUGUGCUGUGAAAAUUAACAAUCUAAAAAAAGAGGAAGACCGUAUAUCAGCUUAAAGGGAGAGAGAAGUACUGAUUAGAGUGAAUCACUAAAAUAUUGCCAAGACAUACAAAAUUAUAGAGAAGGACAAUUAGAUGUAUAUUUUUAGAGAAUAUGACGAAUAAAUAACUUUAAAAAUAAUGUUCUAAAGAUUAUUGCGCACAUCAUAAGCCUUCGAUGAAAUGAAUAUGUUGAAUUUAGGUUCUCAGUUGAUUCAUUGUCUUAAUUAUAUGGAAUCAUUGUCUUUAACAAACAGAGAUUUGAAUCCUUCAAACAUUUUAUUUAGUUCUGAUAAUAUUUAUAAGAUUUUUGAUUUUGGAUCUUCAAGAAUCAUAGAUGAAAAUCAAUUGUUACAAUCUAUGACUAUUGGAGGCAAUGAAUUCUUUAUGAGUCCUUAAAUGUUAGGAGUUGAUCAAUCGACAGAAAUUGAUUAUUACAAAAGUGAUAUUUGGAGUUUGGGCAUGAUUUUAUAUUACUUUGGAGAAAGCUAAUACCCAUGGAAAAAGGAAUUCCGAGAGUAGGAUCCAGAGUUUGACGCAGAAAUUGAGAAAAUGUCGGACCCUAAAUAUAAACUUCCAUUUCAAAAAAUCAAAUCUGAGCAAAUGAGAAAUCUGAUUAGGAGAAUGUUGGAUUACAAUUAAGAAAGGAGAGCCUCUGCUAAGGAAUUACUUGAAGACAGGCUCAUUAAAGAUUAAUUGAAAAUAUUAUAUCCAUAAGAAGCCAAGUUAGAAUUUAUCACUGAAUUGAUUCUAAAAUAGAGUGAAAUGAAAGUUAAAUAACCACUUGAUGAAACAUUAGAAGAAUUAAUUUUCAAUCUUUAAAUCAGAUAUUUCACUGAAAAUAAGUAGUGUAUUAAUUAAGGAUCUUAAGUUUAUAAGUCUUAUCAUUCUUUGUUGGACUACCAAAUGUUCAAUAAAAAAUAGUUGUGGUAAAAUUUUAAGAUCAGACACUAUACUAAGUAUUUUAUAUAGAAUUUUGUUAAUGAAUAUAAAAGACAAUCCGAAUUAAGUACUCGCUAACAAUAAGAAUUAUUGUUAUUGUUGUAGACUAUUGAUUCUUCAAAAGCAUUCCCUAACGAUCCUUAAUAAUUGAUUGAAUUAGUAGAGAAAUAAUAUUUAGCAGAUUGAAACCCAUAUAUAUUUAUCAAAUAUAAAAAAUAUAAUGUUCUUUC